AGCCUGGCAACAACAAACCUUUGUUUGCUUUAGAUUUUGCAACGACGUUUUAGUCCAGAUCGUAGUCGUUGGCGUACCAACCAUUUUACUUUGUGUCACAUUUUUAAUCAUUAAUUUUUAAAAAUGCUAUACGUAUUCUUAGUAGAUACAGGAACUACGCUAACGUUUGAUAUGAAUUUAGCUUUGGAGACGGUAGCUAAUCUUAAAGAAGUCGUCUACAAAGCCUCAAAAAUUGCACCAGACAAACAGGUUUUGCUCAUCAGCGGAGGACAGAGCUUAGAUCCGUCAUAUCGCGUUUGCAGUUAUUCGGCUGGCACUGAUACCAACCCUAUAUUUCUAUUUUGUAAGUCAACUAUUGACAGUGCCGUCCCACCUUCACCCAGUAUGGAUUUUGGCUCUGCCCAUGAUUUAAGGCAAAAAGCUGAAGCAUGUCUGAAUGACAAGGAAACAACUUAUCAAACUGUAGUUACUCGUGCUCAAUUGGCACAACAACUCCAUGAAACUGCAAGAGAAAUUACAAGAGUAUGUGAACAGCUAGUCCAUGAUCAGCAUAUGCAACAACAAGGGUGGUCUGCUGUUGUGGCCAAUCUUGAAGAUGUUGUGGCUGACUUUAAAGGAAGGACACAACUAUUUGAACAGACAUACCAACAUUACCUUAAUAGCCGUGAAGAGAACCUGGAUAUCCUUAGUCAUUUUGGGGAAGACCUCAGUGCAUUGGCUGAUAUACCAGUUUUGCCAUGUUUGCUCAACCAACCUCAGGAAAUGCAACUGCUUGACUGGGUACAUUCUACAGACGAUGAAGACACAAACCUCAAUGUCGUUGCCGAUAGUUGCAUGAAAGCGCUUGAACAAAUGGACCACCAGUUACUGCAGGCUCUCGAAAAACACAUAGAAAGUGCUUUAUUUGCUGCCGAAAGACCAGAAAUGAAAGAAAUAGGAGGAUUAGGAGAGAGGCUUUAUGGUCUUGAACAGCUGUUGGUUGAAGCUAGAAAAAAAGUACAGGAACAGGGUGAUAUCGCUCAAGCUCUUUUACAGAACCAACAAAGAGCCCGGAACUUCAAUGAUGCUUCCGUUCUACCUGAAUUGUGUACAUCCCAUCGUCAUCAGCUGAAGGUUAUGUUAAAAAAUGACGAGAAACUUCGCGAUAUUCGGAGUCGUUGCAGCCGUGCGAAGGAAGAGUUAAGUACAAAUUUACAUUCUCGUCUUCGUUGGAUGAUGUUCGUCCAACGGCAGUUGAAUGAAGUUUACGAGCGGUUGAACCUACAAAACGAAAAUUUACGCCGCCUUCGCCGACAUUUUGAUUUACUACGGCAGCUCCAUCAAGCGCCAAAUGUUUAUCUUCGUUCUAUGGUAGAAAUCGUCCGACGAAAGCAUUUCAGUACCAAGUUUAUUGAAUGGGCCGAAACCCUCUCCGGUUAUGCGAGAAUAGUGCAUCAAGACGAGGCAUCCCUGCGCAAGAGUUUUAUUGAAACUUGCGAUGGGCACUUCUUGACGCAACUUUUUCCCGGAAUUGUCGAACAGUUCUCUCCGUCUUUUGCCACAUCACCUCCAUCUCCGUUCGAUACCAAUUUACCUCCGGUUUCGGUUGAUGAUCUAGAACGUUUGAAAAACGCGUUACCCACUUUAUGGGCCAGACUACAAUUACCGGGCAAUUUAAAGGAGGUGCUGCGAAAUCCCCCUGUUCUAGAGCGUCUCCAUUCAUCAGCACAGAAGUUGUUAACUCCAACGGAACUCCAAAUUGAAACUGGCGUUCUUCCAAGCCUCUCGGCUGCAUUACUUUCGCCUCCUGUUCGAUCGGGUCGUUCUAAAGUCAAGCGAUCCCAGUCUGACUUCCACCCUGAUUAUCAAGCUGAAGAUUCUUCUGAUUCGAAUAGACAGUGUCGCGACGACGCUGGAGUAGAACUUCAGCGACAAUUAGAAGAAACUGUCAAAGGCCAACGCUGUCGAUUGUUGGCACUUCAAUCUCACUUGCAGUGCGCUUUAGAAGCUGGUCAAGCUGCGCUACCAGCCUUCCGAACAGAAAUGGAUUCCAUUCGAAAAUUGACGAUAGAGUGGAGUGAUGUAGCCAAUGAGCAAUUAGCGUGGCUAAGAUCUGAACUAACGCAACAGAUUACUAAGCUGUUUGCCUCUGAAGAAAACGCUUCACUAGCCAUGUUGGAUGAAGUCCGAUGUCACAACAAAAAGCUUGGCGAAGAAAAAGAAAAAUUACAGGAAGAGUUAAUGGCAGCCAGGUUUGAGCUUGACAAUUGGAAAAAACAAUGCGUUGAAUGGGAGGAAGAAAAAAAGAGCCUGAUCGCCAGCUCUCAGCGUCGCCUUCAGCAACGAGAAGAAGAGCUCGAGCAACAACGACUUGAACAAUUGCAUCAGCAAAAGCUUGAGUACAAAAAGCAAAUUCAGACUCUAGAAAAAGCAGUUAAAGUUACCGAGGAAAAGUAUCAGGUCGUAGUGAGCGACUGGCAAUCAGCUUCCGAGCAGGAAAAUCCCAAUGCAUUAAGAGCAUGGAAGCAAGAGCUUAUGCUUGGCCAUGAAGUAGAACUAGAACAACUGAAACUGGAAAAAGAUUCGGAACUAAAUGGACUUUUACAACUUCACAACCAAAUGAGCGUUCCAGAUGUCAGCGAAUGGCGAAAAAAAUACGAGCAAUUACUUAAGGAUAGCGAGACUAAGAAACUUCAAAUACAGGAAGAAUGUCAACGCAAACACCGAUUGGAGAUUGAAGGACUUAGAUCGCGGUUUCGUAUGAUGGCAAGCCAAUCUCCGUCCGAUUGUAGGUCAAGAUCCGAUUCAUUAGACAAAUUUGAAAUGCGAACGACCCCACCGGCCAGCCCGUCCAAUCUAGUAAAUGCCAAGAGAGUACCAGAAAGUCAUGCAGACGAACUAUUACUGCCACUAGUCGAGAAGUUGAAGCAAGAAAAAGAUAAAUUGGCAACCCUUGUUGAAAGCUAUACAACCCAUUACAAAACCAGCAACACCAAGCCUACAAAGUGGGAGGCAACGCUGUCGGAAGCGCUGAAAGAUUCGAAUAAGAUGAUGCAAAGUGUUGGUUCGAAAGUAGACCAACUCCGCCAAGAGAGUACACACCUCUCGAGCAAACCACCUCUUCCAUUUACGACGUCCAUAUCCCAAAUCAGUUCGACAAAUAUGGCAGCUAGCGUGGCAGUUUUGCAGUCAGAUGAGAAAUCCUCGGCGAGCCCAUUACUUCCUCCGAAAUCUUCUUUAAAAAAGAAACCCAUGAGCAAAAUGACUAGAUCGCUCGUUAGACAAGGUUCAGCAAAUGUUUACGGUUGUGAGGUUGGAGAUGCUGUAGUCGUGCAAUGGGACGAACGAUAUUCAACACACAUUUUGUACAACAAAGGGCCCUACCUACAUUUUUUGCAUGCUGACUCAAUAUCCGCGCUCGGACUGCAGAACGCGACAAUGGAACCUUUUUUGGCUAGAGUUAUCCAAAGGGAAUUUUGCCUUGUUCGGAAGGAGGAAAAUCGCUAUAACCUUCCAAAAGGAACAAACUUUUACCGCGUGAAAGUGGACCGUGUAAACAAUGCCGCAUAAGUCUUUACUGUUAGACUUACGACAAUCAAGUGUUCUAUAACAGUUAUAAAGUCAACGAAUCCUGGUUUCUUUUUAUUUUAGAAAAGGACAAAAAUGAAACACGAUUUAAUACACCUGGUAUGUCAUUU